AUGCUGCACGUCCGCUACCACAAGAGCCAGGAGAUGACGGAGAAGCCGGCCGACAACAUCCGCUUCCUGCCCCGCGCGGUGGGGGAUCUGCUUCUCACGUAUCUCGCUGUCGUCCAGCCUCUGCGGCAGACGUUCCUGCGCCAGAGUAAGCCCGGGGCGUUGCUGUCGCCGUACCUCUGGGCUACGUUGGGCGGCGAGGUCUGGUCAGACGGGAGGGUGGUGGCCUGCCUGAAAAGGGCCUGCGCGCGGGCGGAGACGCCGAGGCUCACCGUGGCCUGGUGGCGACAGGCCGCCGCCUCCAUCACGAAGGCCAAGCUGAGCCCUAGCCAGCGAGCCAACUUCAACAUACACGACAUGGAGGGCCCAGAGGAGAUCGAGGAGGAGUUCGACGUGGUCUCGCUGGCCGUGGCAAGCAACCAUUCAGUCGGUACCUUCAACACCGCCUAUGCCGGCACGACCACCUUGGUCAUGAACAUGCCGCUCAACCGCGCCUACCGAGCGUCGGAGAUAUGGCGCAACCUGCUUGGGGUCGACCAGGCUCUCCGGGCAAAACGCCCACGGGUACCCGCGGGCGACGAUGAUCCUUAUGCCCGUGGCGGCAUCUUGAACGCGUGCAAGAAAGUUCAGCUCCGUAGGCGCCCGGCGCUGAAAAGGGGUGGUCUCGUCGCCGUGGCUCGCCGGCUGUACAACGAUCCGGCGUUGCAGCUACGCCGGCCGGGCCAGGAAAAGGCGAUGCUCGCCGUAUUAGGUCCCCGACCAGCGGAACAGGUCGUCGUGGUCCUCGGGACCGGGUCCGGCAAGUCGCUGCUCUUCAUGGUCGCAGCCGCGAUGGACGGUGCCGGCACGACCGUGCUUGUGUUGCCAGCAGUCGCUCUGCGCACGAACAUGCUCGAUCGCCUGCGCAAGGCAGGCGUUCGGUACCGUGAAUGGCACCCCGGGUCAUCCAACAAAGCGGCGCCGCUCGUCAUCGUUUCUGCCGAGGCAGCCUGCACGGAGCGGUUUGUGGAGUACGUCAGCCUACUGAACAGCAGGCAGCAACUGGAUCGCAUCGUCGUCGACGAAUGCCACCUCACGGUCACGGCGAGCAACUACCGCCGUUCGAUGUCGCAGCUAGGGUGGUACGUUCGGAGCGUUCCCACACAGACCGUGUGGCUGACCGCGACGCUGCCACCGGUAUUUGAGGAGCCCUUCUUCGAGCACAACAAGCUCGUACGGCCGCUGGUUGUGCGGGAAUCCACGGACAGGCCGAACAUACGCUAUGUGGUGCGGUGUGAGCGUGGCCAGGGCACACUCGCCGCGCGGGCGGCCGGCUGCGUCCGGGGCUUCUGGGGCCGGAAGGAUCUCGUCCAAGGCGAGCGAGACAGGGUCGUCCUUUACUGCCAGACCAAAGAGUUGGUGGCUGAGCUGGCCACGCUGCUGGAUUGCCCCCACUAUACGGGCGACGACGACGACGGUAGGAUGGAUGCGCUGGACCGGUGGCUCGGGUCGGCGGCCAUGCCUGCCAUGUUGCCACGUAUGCCCUCGGCAUUGGCUUCGACUACCCGCACGUGUGAAAAGAAGAAAAGAAGGUUGUUCCACGCAUCGACCAGUACAAACUUGGAAUCAGAUGGGAUGUAA